UGUGUAUAAACGAAGCGACUUGUUCAGAAGUGUGCGUCUGGUCUGUGGUUCAUCUGAAGGUUUUAUGCUGCGAGCCGAGGUGAAGAACAACAGCAGAGAUGAAGAAGAUUAUUAUCCUGGCUUUUUCUGUUUGGUCAUGUCAGGCGGUGAUGGGUCAGUCAUCGUGUACUGCACCAGUUGUGCCAAACGCUAAGCCGAAAAAUGAGCUGGCAGCAUCCUAUCCCACUGGAAGCUUUAUCGGAUAUGUAUGUGACAGCGGCUAUGAGUUUGUAGACACCCAUUAUGCGCUGUGUGAAGAUGGAACUUGGAAUCUGCCCGUUUGUAAACUUCAGACAUCAUGUACUGUCCCAUUUGUGCCGAACGCCGAGCUCGCGGAGGAGUUUACAGCGGCGCUCUAUCCUACUGGAAGCUCCGUCCGGUUUGUAUGUGACCACGGCUCCGAGUUCGAAGGAACCAAAUAUGCACUGUGCAAAGAUGGGACUUGGAAGCUGCCGGUGUGUAAAAUUCUGGAUCAUGCACCGUGUGCUUCCCCACACGUUCCGAACGCGCGACCUGCAGACGCGUUAGCAAAAUCCUAUCCUACUGGAAGCUCGGUUAGAUUCGGAUGCGACCGCGGCUACGAGUUCGAAGGAACGGAUUCUGCACAGUGUGAAGAUGGAGUCUGGACGCUGCCGGUGUGUAAAGUUCUAGAUCAAGCACCGUGUAGUGCUGCCCCGCGUGUUCCGAACGCCAGACCUGCGGACGCAUUAGCAGAAUCCUAUCCGUCUGGAAGCUCUGUCCGAUUCGGAUGUGACGGCAGCUACGAGUUCGAAGGAACGGAUUCUGCACAGUGUGAAGAUGGAGUCUGGACGCUGCCGGUGUGUAAAGAUGUAAAAUCCUGUCUUGCCCCAAGUGUGCCGAACGGCCAGCCUGCAAAUGCGUUAAAAACGUUGUACGGUCCUGGAGAAACUCUUCGAUUUGUAUGCGACAGCGGUUAUGAAUUUGAAGGAACACGUUACGCGGUGUGUGACGAUGGAUCUUGGAGGCUGCCGGCGUGUAAAGUUCUAGAUGCGGCGUGCGCUGCCCCACACGUGCCAAACGCCAAACCUGAAAACGAGUUAGCAGCGUCCUAUCCUGCAGGAAGCACUGUAAGAUUUGGAUGUGACGGCGGCUACGAGAUUGAAGGAACACGAUAUGCGCUUUGUGAAGAUGGAACUUGGAGGCUGCCGGUGUGUAAGCGUCGAGAUGAAACGGUGUGUUCUGCCCCACGCGUGCCAAACGCCCGACCUGCAGUAGAUUUAACAUCGUUCUAUGCUACUGGACGAACUGUUAGAUUUGUAUGUGACAGCGGCUAUGAGUUUGAAGGAACAGAUACUGCGUGGUGUGAAGAUGGAAUUUGGAGGCUGCCAGUGUGUAAAGGACGUUGGCCUCACGGUGGAUCUCUACAUCCUGAUCCUGAUGCGGUUCUGUUGCCUGUCAGAAAUUGUGGAACUCAACCCCUUAUUGAAAAUGGAGACGUUACCGAGCUACCAGAUGGAAAUGAAUUAAAAGCACAGUGUAAGAAACUUUAUAAACUAACAGGACCUGGAACAAUAAGAUGUGUUAACGGGAAAUGGACGGAGCUCCCGGUGUGUAAACCGCCGUGUAAACUGGAUAGGACAAAAAUUCUUCAUACUUAUCAUCCUGAUGAAUAUCUGCAGGAGGGUGAAAGGAAGAGAUUUUACUGUAGUAACCGUUAUCAAAUAGAUAUCAGCUGCACUAAAGGAACAACAGUCUAUGGUGAAUGUAAGUGCAUCCUGUGUUUUAUCGAGACAAAAGCAAUAACGGCGUUUCUCUACUUACAGAUUCAUUUAUCUUUAUUUUCCGCACAGUUAUUACAUAAUGAAUAAAACACACAGCACACAGCACUUUACCAGCUUCAGAUUUUUUUUAUCCAUUUAUUAUAGUCACCAUGAAUGUUGUGUGACCUCUUAUCAAACAAGUUAGUUCUGUUCUCGCUUACAUUCUAGUAACUAUAAACGCGCUGUUCCCUCACCGGCCGCUCUUCGUCCUCUCUUUUAACGUGACUACGCCGACACUGGAGACUCCUUCCAGAGAACUUCACCAUAUCAACGACUACAUACAUUCCAUACAUACAUAAUCUGUCAGUGCACAGUAUAGAAACAUUAACGUAUUAGAAUUUGUAGCUGCGCUAGUGUCAGAGCCGCUCUUCUAGAAAUGUAUUCCACCCUAACCUUCUGACCAAUCAGGAUCCAGGAUUCAACAGCGCUGUGGUGAAAGAAUGCAGUAAUAUUAGGACCUGUGAUCGUUAUUAUGCUCAGUUGCUUUAAUGAGGUUUAUUUGAGCAGUUUUGAACAAAAUGGAGGAUGAGGAUGUGUAGUUGAACGUUUUGGG